ACACGGAGCUGAGACUCUUCCCUGCCAGCAAGCGGCAUGGAGCUGCGGGCCGCGGACGGCUCUUUCUUGGGCGAUGUGGGUUUCUGGGUGGAACGGACCCCCGUGCACGAAGCAGCCCAGCGGGGUGAGACACUGCAGCUGCAGCAGCUGAUAGAGAGUGGUGCCUGUGUCAACCAGGUCACAGUGGACUCCAUCACGCCCCUUCACGCAGCCAGUCUGCAGGGCCAGGUGCAGUGCGUGCAGUUGCUGCUGGCCGCUGGGGCCCGGGUGGAUGCCCGCAACAUUGAUGGCAGCACCCCUCUCUGCGACGCCUGUGCCUCGGGCAGCAUCGAGUGUGUGAAGCUGUUGCUCUCCUAUGGGGCGAAGGUCAACCCGCCCCUGUACACAGCAUCCCCACUUCACGAGGCCUGCAUGAGUGGAAGUUCUGAAUGUGUGAGACUUCUUAUUGAUGUUGGGGCCAAUCUUGAAGCACACGAUUGCCACUUUGGGACUCCUCUGCAUGUUGCCUGUGCAAGGGAGCACCUGGACUGUGUUAAGGUGCUGCUCAAUGCAGGGGCCAAUGUGAACGCAGCAAAACUUCACGAGACAGCCCUCCAUCACGCGGCCAAGGUGAAGAACGUGGACCUCAUUGAGAUGCUCAUUGAAUUUGGAGGCAACAUCUACGCCAGAGACAACCGAGGGAAGAAGCCUUCCGAUUACACAUGGAGCAGCAGCGCCCCAGCCAAGUGCUUUGAGUACUAUGAAAAGACACCUCUGACCCUGUCACAGCUUUGCAGAGUGAGCUUGAGGAAGGCCACUGGCGUCAGAGGACUAGAGAAAGUCGCCAAGUUAAAUAUCCCUUCCCGGCUCAUUGAUUACCUUUCCUACAACUGAGCUGCCAGAACAGGAGACCAGGAGCAGACUGGUGAUUCACCCUGCACUAGCCACCCUGCUGUGCCCAGUGUCGGAUGGAAGAGGAUUCUGACUUGUUUGUCUGAAAUAGUGUCAUUGAUAGAGAGAAAACAACGGUCCCUUGAAUCCCUUUUGUCCUUCCUGUUUUGUCUUUUCUCCAGAAUCCUGGAGGGUAUUUCCAAGGCACUAAGAAGGUCCUGGAAACCCUGGUGGCAUAGUGGUUAAGUGCCACGGCUGCUAACCAAAGGUCAGCAGUUUAAAUCCACCAGACGCUCCUUGGAAACACUAUAGGGUUAGUUCUGCCCUGUCCUAUAGGGUCACUAUUAGUUGGAAUUGACUCAAUGGCAACAGGUUAAGAAGGCCUGCCUCCACUUCCGUUGUGCUGUGACCUUGUGCUGGUUCUCCCCAGAACUUAUGCUUUAACUCCAGCAUGGUCUUUCGUUGUCUUAGGACAAGGACAGAUUGCUCUAGAAGCACAGGGGAAGGCCUGGUGAGGCUGGGGAUUCAGGGCACUGCUGUUGAUUUUUAUAUGCCUGGGAGGAAUCGGGCACCUGGCCUUUGUCUCCAAGUCAGCACAGGUGCGGCCAUGCCUACUGGGCAGGGCUCGUUCAUGCCCUCCGUGUUCACAGGGAGGGGCUGUGCUCCAAAGCUAGGAUGAAUGGGAGGUCGGGGUCCUGGCCUGCCCAGGGGCCCGGGAUGACUGCUUUGCUGACAUCUUUUUACCUGGACCCUUUUCUCUGGAGCAGCAAUUGGCACUUCCCAAGGCCUGCCUGUGCUGAAGGAGGUCCAUCACUCAGGGAGCUUCUUACCAGUCUUGGUGGGGGAAGACUCAGGCUUUUUUUCCCCCACAACUAGCACAGUGUUUCUUAGGAAGUUUUCCUUCAGUUUUAGGUCUCAGCUCUUGUAAAAAGUUAUAUAGGAUAAAAAACUUUUAGAGUAUAUGUAGGAUGCACACUAAGGUAUUAUGAACGAGUCUUUAAAACAAAAAAUAAUGUGAAGUCAUGUUAGCUUCUCAUAGGUAGUCAUGAGGCUCUUUCGAAUGUAAAGGACUGUUAGGGAACUCUGUAAGUAUUAUUUUUAACCCAUUUCUACCAUUGCCAAAUGAAUUCUUCUCCCACCCUAAAUUUUGUUAAUUCCUUGAAGCUCUAAAAUUAGUAGAAGUCACCAGAAUGAAGUGGGUUCCAUCAACCAUUUAUUCAUCCAUUUUGCAGAUAUUUAUGGAACAUCUAUUAUGCUUCAGGCCCUGUGUUCAGGGCUUGAACUGUAUAAGAAUCAAGACUCAUGAUCCCAGGCAGGAAAACAAAAUGUUUGUUUUGCAAUUUAUUCCUAUGAAGAUAACCCUGAUUCUGUAUCAUAAACCACGAGCUGAAAUAGUAGGUAGUAUAUUCAGACUGCAUUUACCUGCGUAAGAUUCUGCAUCUUAAUUUUUUUUAACUAGGAGUUAAAUUAGAGGAAAUUGCAUAAUUAGUUCAAGUAUAUUUAGUUUCUGGGGAAACUGGGAGGACACCACUUGUGAACACUAAUGUGAGUCAUGCCUGAAGCCAGCGUGCCCCCAAAUGGGAACAAGAUGAUCAACAGAUAGUCCCAGGAUCUUCUUGGGCCUCCCACCCCCAGAGAGUGCAUGGAAUAGGAUGAGAUCAAGUUGGCCAAGCUGAUGCCAACUGCACUGCGCCACCAGAGGAAUCUCUCUGCAGGAUUACAUGGGGUCACAGGUCUGGUGGAAAGUCUCAUGCUGGCUGCCAUGGUAUUUUCCAUCUCCAGUGCUUUAGCCACUCCAAAGUGGUGCUUCAUCUUAUCCUGAGAAUAAAACCCACUUCCAUUUGAGUACAAUCUUAAAUACACGUUCUGGGUAAAUCAAUGUUUCUGGAUACAAUAAUACAAAUAAAACAGCUCUGGAUUCUGUCCCUUCCAUCUUUGUAACAGAAACUUGCCUCUAGCAAUUAAAUCUGAUAACAUCUCCACACAAUAUAGCACGUAGCACAGAAUCAGGUCCCCGCCCUCUUAUUGCUCAAUAAAAGUUGUUGAGUAAAGUUCAUCCUUGUGUUCAUGUGACCCUGUUCUUGUUGGGAGCAGAAGCACUGGAAUGGGCUCCAUCCUGUGUGAGUGGAGAGGGGUGGUUGACAUCUUUCCUGUGUUAGAAAGUCACACCUGUCAGGGAAUCACACCUACCUGCCUCUUCUCCUGGUGCUGAUUUCAGGGUGGCCCUGAUGUGGACUUAGGGGGAAAGAGACCCUGCCCAAAGAGUCAGAUGGCUAGAUUUCAGGCCCCCUCUACUCUUAAGUCAUAGGAUGACUAAAGACAAGUUUGUCCACUCCUCUGGGCCUUUAUUUUUCCAGAUGCAAAACAGGGAUAACAGGUCAGACUCUGAUCAUUAAAAUGAUUUGAUGAUCAUCCAUGGAACCAAUCUCUUUGUUUUACAGGUGAGGAAAUGCGGUCCCACUAGCUUCAUAAGAUUUUUGUGAGGCUGAAAUUAGGUGAUUAAAAGAUGCUCUCAAAUGUAAAAAGUGCUCUCCAAAUAUGUGGUCCAAUGUAAUCAACCUGCCACCAGGUUGCUCAAGGAAUGCUGCCGUAUCCAGAACUGUGUUGGUCUCUGCUGCCGGCAGAUCAGGCACUCAGCAGUGGCUGUAGCCAAGUCGGCCUUGGUGAGUGGAAGUCCACGUUGCUGAGCCCAUGCAUAACCUCCGUCCCUGCCACCAUAGCCACUUUGGUCAUGAGCCCAUUAGGCAAUGAUGGGAGUGGCUGGGGAAAGAGGAUUACUGGUUUCCACAAAAUGCAUCAUCCUAUCCACUUGAUUGUUAAAAUUCUCUUCUGCCAGGGUUACCCUUUGGGAAGCAUGCACAUGAGACACAAGUAUCUUCAGUUCUUGGCCCAGUCAGAGAGGUCCAUCCACAUACCUCUUACCUAUACCUCUUUGUCACCAGUCUUCCAAUCAUGUUCCUUCCAAGUCCCUGACCAUCCAGUCAAACCAUCGAAUCAGUUUACAAAUCAGUAUACAGCCCAAUAAUCGUACAUCUGGCCAUUUUUCCUUCUAAGCAAAGUGAACAACCAAGUGCACUGCUCAAAGAUCUGUCCAUUGGGAGAAUUUCCCUUCACCACUGUCCUUCAUGGAGGUCCCAGAAAGGGGCUGUAGAGCUGCUGCUGACUGCUUUCAAGUGGUGCCUGCAUAUUGUGCAGAACCACCUGUAAACCAGACAUGAAUUUUCUCUUCCACAGUCAUCUGAUCGUAAGGAACGCCCCAUGAUGCCAUAGGUGCAGACUGGGAGAGUGCAGGUAAUA